UUCAUAUUUGUGUGAAUAAAGAAUCUGGUGAUUACUUAUAUGCAAGCAGUUGUGAAACUCAGCUAGCUAGCAGCUCGACCAUCAAUCUAUUGCUUUUCUUUCUUUCUUUCUGUUAUAGCAACAAAUUAACAGUCCAUUAGCAAGCAUGGACUCCUCCUCGUGGUUGAGCAGCGGGCGGAAACACGAUGUGUACGUAAGCGUUCAAAAUGACGACCCCUGCAAGUACGUUACAGACAUGAUAUCAAGGUCCUUGACCAUUCGCGGAGUCCCCACCUUCGUAGACGAGAAUCAGCUGCGAAGCAAAACAAAGGGAUCGGGCUCGGUACAGAUGGGACGAGAGCUGAAGGAUGCCAUAGCAAUGUCGAGGAUCACCAUAGUGUUGUUCUCCAGAAUCUACGUUUGCUCCAGCUGGUGCCUCGAGGAGCUAGCGGUCAUCAUGGACUGCCGGAGCAAGUGGGGGCUGAUCGUGCUGCCCAUUUUCUACGACGUGGAUCCAUCCGAUGUCAGGAAACAGAGAGGGUAUGCCGCCGCAGCAGUCAGCAAGCAAAGGAAAGGAGGCUGUUGGUACAGAAGGUGGAAGAGAGCUCUUGGACAAGCUGCCAAUUUCUGUGGCUGGGAUCAUAGCGCUAAUGAUCGGAUUGAAUCUAUGUUAGUUGGUAAAGUUGUCGAAGAAAUUGUGAAUAAACGGACUCCGACGAAUCUGCACAUUUCCAUCUACCCAAUUCGAUACUAUGAUAUUCUUGAUGAAUAUCUGAAUCUCUUCACGCGAGUAGGACGGGACUAUGUCCUCGUGGUAGGGAUAUGCGGGCCAAGCGGAAUGGGAAAGACAUCCAUUGCUGAAGCUAUUUACAAGCAAAUCUUUUAUACUUUCGAAGGUAGCAGCUUCCUGGAAAAUGUUGGACCAAAUUCAAGAAAACCCAAUGGCUUGGUUCAAUUACAAGAAAAACUUCUCUCAGACAUCCUAUCAGAAAGGAAUGUAAAAGUAAGAGAUGUUAGCCAAGGAGUGGAUAUGAUUAAGGAAAAAUUGGGCUAUAAACGAGUUCUUGUUAUCCUUGACGAUGUAGAUGAUUUCGAUCAACUGUACGCCUUAGUCGGAAACCGCAGUCGGUUUGGUUUGGGAAGUAAAAUCAUCGUAACCACUAGAAAAGUUCAUCUGCUAAAUGUGCUUGAAGUGGAUCAGGUUUUUAUGGCUCAAGGCCUUCCUCUUCCACCCAAUAUACAGGUCAUAUUGGAGAAGUAUCAGCAAAGUCGUCGCGAAAUUGCGGGACUUAAAGAGUACAUCCAGGCUUUCUAUAAUCUGACUAAUCAGAAAGUAAGGUACCUUGAAGAUUGUUUGCGCAUAGAGCGUAGGAAGAAUGCCAUUCAGGCACAAGUAAUAUCUGAGAUGAAGCUACUUGAGAGCAGGGGCUCUGCUUCUAUUACUCGCACUACUAAGGAUGAUGCGAUGCAUAUCGAGGAUUGAUCAUCAAACCCAUAUCAGUGGGCAUUGAAUUGAGCGAUAGGAUAGUUAAAGAACCCACUAUUUUGCAUGGGAAAAUCUUCCCCCGGAAGAAAUGUUGGACAGAAUCUGAACAAGAAUUCAAAUGGGUUAUUUGGGAAUUUGAAUUUCUGUUCAGAUUCUGUCCAAAAAAUUCUGUCAGUCUCUAGUUACUAGUAGGGUAUCCGUAACAUUAUGUCACCUGUUAAUUUUGUGGAAGGCCUGCACUAGUAGGAUGUUGACUUUUUUGGUGAAGAGAAGGAUUAAAACAUGGCAUAGAUAAAAGACACUUAUGUAUACUAGCGGUUUGGCA